AUGAAUCACACAUUUACCUUCGAGACCAACCUGAACGACAUAUUCGCCGGAGAUGAAAUUGCAAAAUCGGACAAGAGCUGCGAUUAUUGCCUGAAGCGGAAGCGUGUGUGCAGAUGCGACACCAUCAGGAGGGAGCUGGGCAGCGAAGAUGCAGCGGAGAUAGCAGAGCUCCAGGAGAGGAAAAGGUACUACGACGAAAUUUGCGAAAAAAUUGUAGACAAGUACAAAGACGUCGUGAACCGGUUUGAGUACGACAAGGACAUAGUGUCCUAUAUAAAAAAAAAUAAAAUUAACGAUGAAGUCGAAUGUGAAGAUUGGAUAUAUUUUUACGAACUCCUGAAGGAGAGGAAGAUAGUGGAAAGGUGCAUAGACACGAAACAGAGCAAGGAACCGUUCAUACUGAACAGUUUCCAUUUUGAUGAGCAAGCCAACUUUAUAAGCUGCCUAAAUUAUUACCUUAAGGUUCAUAAACUCCACCAUGUUAUUCACAAUUGGAUGGGUAUGAGUGUGAACCCCUUCGACGAGUAUGCUCAGGGGGAGGAGCGCCACGCUGUAAUUGAUGAUAGACGCGAUGGCGCAGGUGUGACCGUUCAUGCAGGGAGUACCCCUCAGCAGGAGCAUGCAAAGCGGGAGCGCCAAUCCGAACCCACUCGCACAGGACAAAUAGAUGUGGAACAUACCAUAACUCCGAUAACACAGAAGAAAGGGAAAAAAUUCCACCCACUGUAUUACUACCUCUACAUGCAAGAAAAUGAGAAGUGGAUUUCAGGGCUAAACAACUCAGGCAGCAUUAUCCAUCCAGAAAAUAUCAGUCAUGUAUGGAACCAAACGGUGAGAGAGAGUAACAAGAAGGUGAAGUUGUUCCGGCUGAUAACGGCUAAUAGUAUCAACACAGAUGAUGUGAUGGAGUACUGUAAGAAGGGGAAGAGGGAGCAACAUAUAAUGGAAGAGAAUAACCAUACUGCAAGAAUUACGAGUAUAAGUCAACUAGUGUGUGCAUUGGGUAUGGUAGAUAUUGGGGGUUGCUUUAUCAUUAAAAUGAAAUUAUCCUUCGAUAACUUCCUCCUGUCUAUUUUCUCCAUCCUAGGUAUAUGUUUCAAGAAGCUGGAGGUAUACAGACCAUCAUGUUGUCACCUACGCAAUGUUGUCUUCUUAGUAGGUAUCCAUUUUAAUGGUAUCACAUCUAUCUUUUUGUCCAGCUUAAAUAAUUGGGUUCUGGGAGCACAGAGGGAGAUUGCUCCCCACUUGGGGGAGGGCAAUCAGCUAAGCACGCUAGGAACAAAAAUUUCGGAAGACUCUAACGGGGGAGUGAAAAAGGGAGGAAGCUUUAGAGGGAGAAAUGUCAUCCCGAGAAAGUGGAUCAAGAAAACCUUCUUUCGAGAAUACCAGAACUGCAUUCACCAUUUUGUUGAUUACCUAAUUUACUACCUCAAAAAAUGCAUAAAUGUAUCAAACACGAAUCUGAUGAAGAAAAAUAUCGAGAACACCAAGAGGAUGUACCUUUCGCAGUUCUUUGACGAACAACGACUUGUGGACAUUAGGAAGAAGGACAAGCUGCUCUUCAGACUGAUGGACGAUUUGUAUUUAGACCACGGGAGGAUCAUCCUCGCCGUGCACCACACAGAUCAGGCAGAUGAAGAAAACCGCGCAGAUGAGUUGGAUCAUAUGGACAAAACGGAUGCACACUGGGAGGGGAACAGGAAAGGUUGCUCUAGGAAUUCCCCCUACACGGGGGCGCCCUUCUCAAAGAAGGAGUUACAAAAAUUGAGGAGCACCUUAAACCUUCCCGCACAUGCAGGUACAGAAAGGAGUAUCUUCUUCGAAGGUACGGGAGAAUCGAACGAGACGAAUGAAAACAUCAGCAAUGGUGUUUCCGCCAACCGUGGGGUCAACGUUCGCAAGUAUCGAAAACAAAUCACCGCGCUUUUGAGAAGAAUAGAUUUUAAGGGUAACAAGGCCUCAUCGCGGAAGAAGAGAGGUAGCAAAAUUAACGGCGCCGACGGUACCACCAGUGGCCUCUUCCAGCUAGACGAAAACCUAAUCCGCAAGAGAGUCUUCUCAGUGGAUAAAACUCUCCUGGAAAAACAUGAAGCAGAAUUCGAGGGGCUCCUCAAGAAGCAAGUAUACUUCACCAACAAGAACUGGUUCAGAUGUUACCUUCAGAAGGAACCGUGGCAUUUUCAGAACCCCUUUUAUUUGGACAAGGAAUUAUACAGGGAUAUAUUACUCUUCAGGGAGCAUAUCUAUUACAAUAAAUGUGACAUGGGAAUGAACAGCAUCAAACAGGUUCUGAAGCGGUGCGAACCUGUCUGUUCCUCCUACCUUAUGGAUGGACACGAAUUCUGCUGCAGCGUCAUUGACUGCCUCUUCGUUCUUAGGAAUUGCGCCCACGUAGAUCUUACUGAGGAUUCGUCUUGUCUUCGCAACUUUUUAGUGAUCAGUGGAGACACCUCAGCUAGCGUCAGCUCCUUCUUUUCAAAGUUCGGAUCUGGUUGUCACAUCCUGCUGCAGGGAUCGGACGAUCAAGUCGGUGGUGAGGACAGUGGUAGGCCCAAUGCAGAGCCACAAGACGUCACAUCCCCCUUAAACGUGCAGGAGCUGUACGAAAGGAAAACUCCCUACAAGUACUUCAGUGAAAUGUUGAAGGAAAAAUUGGGAGACAAAAGCGUUUGCUCUCUGGUAUUCAUUGACCUCAACACGCAGCUCUUUCAAAACUAUGUACAUGUCGUUGAGAAGGAAAUAAGAACGAAGAACUACUUGGUUUCCAGCUUAAUCAUAUGCUUCAAUUAUUUGCAAAAGGGGGGAAGCCUCAUUCUUCAUUUGAGUAGCGCUAUGACGUUCUUCACAGCCGGUUUGCUCUACGUGUUAGUUUGCGCCUUUGAGCGUGUGGACCUCUUUUUGCCCCCCUCCUGUGAUGACAUCGACUUGGGAUUCUACAUUUAUUGUAACAACUUCAGUGGAAACUACGUGUACCGCCACUAUGUGCAGUUCCUGUGGGAGGCUCUCAUAUGUAAUCAGCACCUGGAAGACAAGGUUCCGGGUAGUUCCACCAACGUGUCCAUCACAGAAGGGGAAGUUAGUACGAAGAGGAAGAAGGGAGAAGUCUACCUCUCCGUUCCCCUCUUCUUUCUCAUGAACAAACACUUUGUCCAUCUACUCAAGCGAUUUAACUCCUUCUACUUUUCCCACCAUAUAAAUGUAUGCAUGCACUUUUUAAGGGAGCCAAAAUAUUUCUAUCAUAAUCGGACGCUAAUGAAAUGUCUAGUUACACAUUUUUUACGAGCGUAUAUUUUGCCUGAGGAAGUGCGUAGAUCCUUUGGCCGGGUGUUCAAAUCGGUGAGCAUUCACUGUGAUGAGGAUGGUAGUGAUGUACUGGACAGUGGAGAUGAUGAGAGCAACACGUUUGGAAGUGAUCACCUACCCAUGGGUGAUGAUAUCGAGAGCGACUUCUCCAGUGUGGAUGUACCAAACGGUGGUGAAGAAGUCGAUGGGGGGAGGAAUGGCCUCAAAAGAGAUGCGGCCUCCCUUGACAGAAAUAAGAAGAAGCAAAAAGUCAGGACCACCAUCAGCACAAGUCGGAGUCGGAGUCGAAGUCGAAGCCGAAGCCGAAGCCGAAGCCGAAGCCGAAGUGGUAGUGGUGAUAAGCGGGUGGUAAACGAGGAGAGCGAAGUGGACUGCUCAUCCAGUGAAUCGAAUUACUCCCUGGCCUUUGAGUAUAAGAAUGUGCCCAGCGAAAUAUCUGUGUCGGAGACGGCCUGGGGAGAAAGUUCGUAG